AUCAACACACUUCCUAAUCGACAACACGUCUCCUCUGUGCUCUAUGAUCUUCUUAUUCAUCCUUUCAUCCCUGCUCUGAUUCUGUUCUCCUGAACCUCGUCUCUCUGAUCCGUGGCUCGGUCCGUCCUCUGUCUCUCCACGUGUGUGUUUUUUUAAAAAUUAUGCUGGUUCUUUGUCCUGCUAUCCCGCCGCCAUGUCCACUGACAUGUCCUCUGUGUCCAUGAGGAAGAAGUCUGUCGUGCGGAGCUCCAGGCCGACUGUUAGGAUAUGUUUUCGGGAUCAAAGGGACGUCAUAACCAUGUCGUCUCCUGAGUUGUGCUGGCCGGUGCCGAUGCGAGCCAUCGGGGCUCAGAACCUCCUCACGAUGCCAGGAGGAGUUUCCAACUCAGGGUAUCUGCACAAGAAGGGAGGCAGUCAGUUCAGCCUCAGGAAAUGGCCACUGAGGUACAUCAUCCUCCACAAGGGCUGCCUGUACUACUUUAAGACUAGUACCUCUCCAGCACCACAGGGGGCGUUCUCGCUCAACGGCUACAACAGAGUGAUGCGAGCAGCAGAAGAGACGACGUCCAGUAACGUGUUUCCUUUCAAGAUCGUCCACUUCAGCAAGAGACACAGGACGUGGUAUUUUUCUGCCGCCAGUGAAGACGAGAGGAGGAAAUGGAUGCGAUAUCUGCGAAGAGAAAUCGAUCACUAUAACGACCGGAAAGAAGCUCAUAUUCCCAGUGACUCAGAUUCAGACGCUGACAGUUUCUAUGGAACAAUAGAGCGACCUAUGGACGUGAGACACACCGACAUCAACACAGAGGACGAUUACAUGGAGGAGGAUGAAGACGAUGAUGAUGAGGAAGACUACCUGAAGCCUGACAGCGACUGUUCACCCACGUCCUCAGGUCGACCUGCGGGGCCUCCACCCUCCUACCCUCCUCCCCCGGUGCCACCAACAUUCCGUCAGGACUCCAUUCCGGCUUUUCUCAAAGGCCCACCUCCUCCCGUCCCGUCGCAUCACAGGUCGCCAAACUCUACACUCCCGACAAAACCGCUGCCCUCGUUCCCUCCCCCGUGUUUACUGAAGGAUCCUAACAAAGGCCCGCCUCCUCCUCUGCCCUUCGCUCCUCACCUGCACCAGCUUUUCUCCCUGGAACCUCCACCUCCUCCUCCACCCAACACAACCAAGAGAACUCUUCAGAGCAGAGCGCCCUCCAGUGGGGAGUCUGGGACCAGCAAGAGGGAAUGGAGGCCUCUGCCGCCAAUUUCAACCCAAACCCCAGCCACUCUGCCCAUCUGUGAGCAGUUAGAGACCAGGAUGGUCCUGAACGGUCCGGCCCUCUGCUCCCUCAACGUGGGAGGAAGCCAGUCGCUAGGCAACAACCACAAACUGUCUCAUCAGCCAUCAAACGCUGCAGGAUCCAGACCUUUGAUGCCAGAGUCCCGGUCCGUCAACCAGACUUCAUCCUGUCAUCCUUCACUCGCUCCUCUCAUCAAACCUUUACUGCACAACAAAGAAGGACCUCCUAAACCUCCUCCACCCUCAGCCAAACCCCUGCUGGCUUCAGCCAAGACCACACAACCACAACCCUCACUGCAAAGAUCGUCUCCAGAAGGUCAGAGCUUCCGCUCCUCAGGAGACGAGCUUCCCUCAGAGUACAGGUGGAAACGAGACUCACGCACAUGUGGAGGAGGAGAAGGAGGAGACGAUUCUGACGACGACGACUACGAGAAUGUGCUGCUGCCGGACUCUGUGUUCAUCGACACCAUGGAAACAAGCUUUGUCGAAAAGUUAUUCAGAGAGCGCCCCCUACUGCCAGAGGACGGACUGUAUGGCAUCAGGAACUCUGGAACCAAAACAUCCAAGGUUCUCGUCGUGUGGGACGUCAGUAUCAGCAAAGCCAGGAACUAUCGUCUGUUUGACGACGGGGAGCGCUUGUUUCUGGACGGUGAAGUGACCUUCUCUUCUCUGUCUGCUCUGAUUGAACACUAUCACAGUCAUCCUCUGCCUCACCAUGGCUCACUGUGUCUGCAGAAACCAUACACACACACACACACACUCUGAUCAGCCACACACACACAAACUUGUUUUUAUAUCUUAGUGAAGACUCUAUAGACUGAAUGCAUUCUUUAACCCUUAUCUUAACGUUAACCAUCCUAACUAAGUGCCUUACCUUAACCCUAACCCUUAACCUAACACUAACCUGAACCCACUUCUAACCCUGAACCUAAAACCAGGUCCCUUUAAAGUCUUUAAAGGGAAAGUUUUUAUGUUUUUGGAGCUCACAGAGAUAUAAAGUACACACACACACACACUGAUGAACGUCGUGUUCAACAACAGUGACUCACUUUAAUGAACAGAUACUUUUAUAGUUUUAUAUCUGAAUACUGGACAAACACACAGAGGUGCAGUGAGUCAGAUGAUCAGAGAGGGGGCGCUGUAGCACCAGCAUUGACCUGUGAACACAGAUCAUUAUUAUUAUUAUUAUUAUCAUUAUUAUUAUUAUAUUAUUAUUAUUCAAAAGCGUCACAAAAAUAAUCCAUCUUUAUUAUUAGUGUUAAUCCAACACGUCUGUUAAACUCCAGGAUUUAAUACAGAAGUUUAAAAUCUGCAUUCUUGAGUCUAUAAUUUAAUUCCAUCUCCCCAGGUUUAAUCUGUGUCCCCAGGUUGAUACUGAAUUUUAAAUUAAUCUUUAUGGUCCAUAUGAUGUUCUCCCAGGAUUAAUACAGAUGUUGUUGUUUUAUUCUGAACUAUUUCCCCUUUAAUCCUGAAUUUUCAAAUCCAUGUUCCUGGAUUUAAUCCUAUAUUGUAAAAUCCAUGUUCCUGGAUUUAAUCCUGAAUUUAAAAAACAAAACAAAACAUGUUCAUGGGUUUAAUCCUGACUUCUAUAAUCCAUGUUCCUGGGUUUUAUGCUGGAGAUGUGAGACCGUGGUAAAUGUCGAGCAGAUAAAACAAUCUCUGGAUCCCGUGUCAUCACAGAUUAUUUGAACCUCUGUAAAUCUUCAGCCUCCAGUCGAGGCGUCAUAAUCCUGUAAUCUGUGCGACUCUCAAUGAUUUUUGUCUGAUUCCUUUUAAAAGUGGGAUUUUAUGGAUUGAAUUGAAGAUGAAGGAAAGCAGAUUAUUGACAGAUUAUUGUUGUGGUGUGUAAAUAUGUUUUUACAAAUGCUAUAUUUAUAUGUAAAUGUUGUAUUUAGUGUA